AUGCUGAAUAAAUCGGAUUUCAAAGAGGAAGACAAGAUCCAGGCGAUCGUAAUUGCAGAUUCCUUCGAUUCCAAAUUUAACCCUCUGACUAUGAAAAGGCCAAAUUGUCUGCUGCCGCUUGCCAACGUACCUUUCCUAGAUUACGUACUCGAGACUUUGCAUUCGUCUGGGGUCCACGAAACAUUUAUUUUCACUUCCAACCAUGUAAAUCUCGUCAAGGAGCAUGUGAAAAAUUCAAAAUGGGGUAACGAAUGCUGCCGGAUGAAAGUAGGCGUGGUCGUUUCGGAUAACUGCUAUUCGUUGGGGGAAGCUUUGAGAGAGAUUGACAAGAAAGCGCUAAUUAGGGAUGAUUUUGUCUUGAUACAAGGAAGUGUAGUAUCUAAUGUUAAUCUGCAGGCAGCCAUUAAUGAGCACAAGAGAAGGAAAAUUGAAAUUAAGGAUCGAAUGGCGAUCAUGACGAUGUUGAUGAUGCAUCAUUCGCCUGAUGACCCUUUGAGAAAUCCAGAUAAUGAUGUCUGCUUGACUGUCGACAAAUGCAACAAUAGAAUUUUGAAUUACCAAAAAACUGGAAAAUCAAAGAAAUUCUCCCUUCCCAUAGAGGUUCUGGAAAAACCUAUCAACAACAUCCAAUUUGAUCUGCUUCCAUGUCAAAUCAACAUCUGUUCCCCUGUCGUACUGACUCAGAUGACUGAUAACUUUGACUUUCAAACAGUAGAUGCCCUGGUUUGUGGACUGCUAUCCAAUGAGGACAUUUAUGGAUUUUCAAUUCAUUUCCACGAGCUUCUUAGGACUGAGUAUGCUGUCCAUGUCGAUUGUUUGAGUUCUUAUAAGAAAGUUAGUAACCAGGUCGUCAAGAGAUUUUCAUAUCCUCUGGUUAUAGAUAAUAAUUUCACAGGGAGAAAAUUCAAUAAAUAUCGCUGUAAUGAUCGAAAUGUUUAUAGCCACGUCCAAUGCACUAAUUUUGAUCUGGAUGAUUUGACGGGCAUGCACGAUGUCGUGUUAGGUAGGGGGGUCCAAGUCGGAGAUGGCUCGACGAUUAGUAACAGCGUUCUCGGAAGGAACUGUAUAAUUGGCAGAAAUGUAAAAAUUGAGGACUCCAUAAUUUUUGAUAAUGUCGUCAUUGAAGAUAACUGCACUGUCACUGGGUCUGUCAUCGAUCAAACCUGCAUCAUUCAUAAAAACUGCCAGAUUCCUAAAAAUUGUAUCCUAGGUAGAGGCGUUACUGUUUACGAAAAUGACAAUUUACUAGAAGAUUAUAAGUUAGUGUCAGACAAUACAAACAACUUCCAGCACGUUUCGCCCGGAAACAAAAAAUGUUUCAUACUCCCUCUGAGAACCGUCUCUGAAAGUUUGGACCUACUUGAUGGCAGCUUGUCCAAAAAUGAUGAGGAGAAGAAUCUAGAGGAUGACUACAACUCCGAUGAUGACGACGACGACGACGUGAAUGAUGUCCCGAUCGAAUUCAACGAGUCGAAAAUCUUCUACGAUGAGGUUAUCAGCAACUUGGAACGAACUUUGAGUGAAAAUAUCUCCUCCAAAAACGUCAUUCUAGAAAUAAACUCAGUGAAGCACGCAUACGGCAUUCAGAUCAGAGAACUUACAAUCCUCCUAACCAAAGCCUUUCUAGAUAUGUCCCUAAGAUCCGAACCACCGCCAAAUAAUUUCCCAUCCUUUUACGCGCUCUUCAAAACGCACAUGACUACCUUUUUACCGAUAUUAAAAAAUUACGUUAAAACCGAGUCGUCACAAGGCGACAUGCUGAUUGGCAUGCAAGAGAUGGCCGAGUCCGUGCCUCUGAUCAUGACCGCACUGCCUAAAGUCGUAUUAUUCUUCUUUGACGAGGAUAUUCUGACGGAAGAAGGAAUUUUAAAGUGGUGGUAUGGAAAUGAAAACAAGAGUGACGAGUUGAAUGAUAAACUCUGUAAAUUCAUCGAAUGGCUCGAAAAAGAUGAUGAUGAAGAUGAUGAGGACGAUGAUGAUGAUGAUGAAGAUGAUUGAUGAUGAACAGGAUGAUGAGGAAUGAUUUGAUCAAACGUUGCAAAUAUUGAUUAAAGUUUUGUCUAUUCUGUUAAUAUUUGAAAUUUUUUAUUUUAACUUAUUUCAAAAAGAAUUAAUUUACUAUUUUGAUGAAAUAAAGUGUUAGUGGUUGGUUUA